GUCAACGAGCUUGGUGGAGGCGUUGCAACCGCAUCCGAAAAAGUGCAUUUUCAUCAGGCAGAGAUAAAAUUCUUUUCUAUCAUCUCCACGGUGAUUAGUAGAAGCCUCUAGCUGAAGAGAAUUCGUUACAUCGUAAAGUAUUUCAUCACGUGACAAUGAGUAAGCUCAGCUUCCACCGGAAGCUGCAUUCUUCCGACCCACACAAGGUGCCGGUUCUAAUUAUCGGCCAACAGCGUCAUUUGAAUGAGCUUUCGUUUGAACGGGUUCGUUGCAAAUUGGAGCCCCGUGUUUCAGCGGAUACUUUCCAGAAGGCAGUGUCCCAUCUGCAUCCGGCUCCAACGGAUACCUGUUCGCUGUAUCUCGAUUUGGCCAAAGUGGCUGCUUUGCCGACAAAGGCGUCCCGGCAUAAUUCAGAUUCCCGAGCCCAUGCUCUAACCAAGUUGGUCCAGUCCCAUACAUCUGGAAUCAACGAGAGCAUUGUGCUUGUUUGUGAACGAGACAAUUUGUUUGCUUCCGCAUGUGCCGUGGCCAGGGCAUUUCCGCUGUACAGCAGGAAAAGCUCCAAACUUGACGGUGCUAAACCUACUGAUGGCUAUGUUACAGUCGAUGUUGAGUUUGUUCUGGUAGCCGGAGAACCGUUGACGGAACAGGAUGUGAAAGUGCUGCAGUAUGCAGCAGAAGGAAUUCGUCUGACGGCAAAAAUCGUCGAUGCACCCUGCAAUGAGAUGAACGUGUCUGGAUUUCUCCGCGAGGUUGAUGCGGUGGCGAAGGAAUUGAAUUUGACUACCAAAGUAAUUCGUGGAGAAGAGUUAAAUGAGAAAGGUUUUGGAGGAAUCUACGGUGUGGGAAAAGCUGCUACGGAUCCACCUGCACUGGCUGUGCUCUCGUAUGAACCGGAAGGUGCAACCGAAACAGUAGCUUGGGUUGGAAAAGGGAUUGUUUUCGACACUGGCGGUCUUAGCAUCAAAGGUAAAACUGCCAUGCCCGGUAUGAAACGAGAUUGUGGUGGAGCAGCUGCGGUCCUCGGUGGAUUCUACGCAACCGUCAAAAGUGGCUUUAAGCAAAACUUGCAUGCCGUUUUUUGUUUGGCAGAAAAUUCUGUUGGUCCCAAUUCUACUCGUCCGGACGAUAUUCACCGUUUGUAUUCCGGCUGCACCGUUGAGAUUAACAAUACUGACGCCGAAGGUCGUUUGGUUUUAGCGGACGGUGUUUGCUACGCCGAUCGUGAUCUGAAGGCAAAAAUAAUUCUCGACAUGGCCACCCUGACUGGGGCUCAAGGCAUAGCAACUGGGAAAUAUCACGGUGCUAUUCUUACAAACAGUGGCAUGUGGGAGCAAAAAGCUUUGGUUAUUGGUCGACAAACUGCUGAUUUGUUGUCGCCGGUACCGUACUGUCCAGAAUUGCAUUUUAGUGAGUUCAACUCGGCGGUUGCUGACAUGAAAAACUCGGUAAUGGAUCGAGGUAACGCUCAGGUUAGUUGUGCUGGCCUAUUCGUCGCUGCACAUCUUGGGUUUGAGUACACCGGAGCUUGGCUGCACGUAGACAUGGCUUCUCCCGUUCACAGUGGAGAACGUGCAACUGGGUAUGGAGUUGCCUUAUUGCUAGGACUUUUCGGAGAAUACAGUUGUGCUGAAAUGUUGAAGGAUAUCGCAGCUAGUGGAACAAAUGGAACGAUUCGAAGCUCUGAGACAAAAAUCACCAAUGAACCUCAACUGAAAAAAGCACGCGUCAAUUAAAAAAGUAAAUAUUUUUUUUAUUUGGAAAGCCAAUUGUAUUAGUUUUUUUUAAUGAAAUACAAACUCAUACUGCCACCAAAUAUUUAAAGCGUA